GGGGUCACGGCGGGCGCUGGGUGAGGAGUACACGCGUGUGCGGGUGACACCCCCCUCCUUCACCGGGCGGCGGGAGCAGCCGUGGAGCCGCCGAGGACGUGGGCCGGGCACGAGGUGGAAGAGGAGGAGUGGGUGUCUGGUCUCGGGGACAGCACCGUGGCCGCGUGUCCCCACCGCCGUCCGCAGCCGCCACCACCCUCGAGCCGACGCAGUCCGUGAGGUCCUGGUGAGGCUUUUCGGAGCCUGAGCCCUGCCAGCGCCGCGGGGAGGAGGAAGAGCCGAGGAAGACGCGCCGGGUGAUGGAUGGCCCCGGCCCCGCGCGGCGGCCCCGGGGGAGCGGCACCGGGCGGCUCGGGGACCUCGGGGACCUGGCUGGCAGCGCCCGCCUCCGCUGAGCCCCGCGGCAGGGCUUGGGGGGGCUCCGGGUGACCCCCCGGCCCCCGCGCCAGGCCGGGCAGCGGGGCCGAGCCGCCGCGUCCCCGGCAUGGCCCGGCAGGGCUCGGGAGCCAUGCUGCCCUCGGGGGGCCUGGGCUUCCCCCCGCAGAACCUGGCCCGCGUGGUGGUGUGGGAGUGGCUGAACGAGCACGGGCGCUGGAGGCCCUACUCGGCCGCCGUGUGCCACCACAUCGAGAACGUGCUGAAGGAGGACGCCCGCGGGUCCGUGGUGCUGGGCCAGGUCGAUGUCCAGCUGGCCCCCUACGUCAUCGACCUCCAGUCCAUGCACCAGUUCCGGCAGGACACGGGGACCAUGCGGCCCGUGCGGAGGAACUUCUACGACCCCUCCUCAGCUCCGGGCAAGGGAAUCGUGUGGGAAUGGGAGAACGACAACAACUCCUGGACUCCCUACGACAUGGACAUCUGCAUCACCAUCCAGAACGCCUACGAGAAGCAGCACCCCUGGCUGGACCUCUCCUCCCUGGGCUUCUGCUACCUCAUCUACUUCAGCAGCAUGUCCCAAAUGAACCGGCAAACGCAGCGCAAGCGGCGGCUCCGGCGCCGCAUGGACCUGGCCUAUCCCCUCACCAUGGGCUCCAUCCCCAAAUCCCAGUCGUGGCCGGUGGGCGCCAGCACGGGGACCCCCUGCUCGUGCCCGCAGUGCCUGCUGGUCAACAGCACCCGCGCCGCCUCCAACGCCAUCCUGGCAUCGCAGCGCCGCAAACUCUACCCCGGCGCCGUCCGGCAGAGCAGCACCUUCGCCGGGGGGGCCCUGUGGCCGCCGGGGCCGGCGGCGGGGGCGGGGGAUGGCAAGGGAACACCCUGCCCUGUGUCCCACGGGGAGGGCACUACCCUGGGGACAGUGCCAGCCCCGUGGGAAUGGACAGCAGCCCCCCCAGGGCUGGUGAGGGGACACCCUGCCCUGUGUCCCGUGAGGAGGACGCUGCCCUGGGGACACGCCAUGCGCGGAGGGCACAGUGCCAGCCCUGCCAGCCGGGCUGAGCCCCUUCCCCUCCCCUCUCCGUGCAGGGUCCCGGCCCUCCCAGUCAAGAACCUGAACGGCACCGGCCCCGUCCAUCCCGCCCUCGCAGGGAUGACGGGGAUCCUCAUGUGCGCCGCCGGGCUGCCCGUGUGCCUGACCCGCGCCCCCAAACCCAUCCUGCACCCGCCGCCCGUCAGCAAGAGCGACAUCAAACCUGUGCCCGGAGUCAACGGCAUCUGCAGGAAAACCAAGAAGAAGCAGCUCA